AUGACCCUUGAUUGUGACGUGAUAGUUGUUGGUGGAGGAGUAAUUGGAUUAUCUUCUGCAUAUCAACUAUGCAAACGAGGACAUAAGGUUAUCUUACUUGAGCAGGUAAAGGUUGUAACUAAAAAAGGCUUAUGAGUAAUGAAAAGGAAAAGAUUUUGGCUAAGCAAGACAUUUUAACUAAAAAAAUUCUAAUUAUGUUUACUGUUAAUUAAGCUAGUAAAUAAAGUAAAGUAAGAUAGACAAAUAGGCAACUUUUUAAAAUUUUUUUUACUUUAGGCUCCAGCAACAAACAAUAUAACCGGCGGAUCUCAUGGCGACUCCAGAAUCAUACGUCACAUUCAUUCUGACCCUGCUCAUCUCCCGAUGGCCAUAGCAAGCUACAAACAAUGGAGAACACUUGAACAUGAAGUUGGAUCCAAACUUUUUGAGUACGUGCUAUUUAUGAUGCUAUGUGUAAUACAAUUUAUCUUGAAUUAGUACUUGAAGUACCUAUAGCUACACAUAGUUCUGUAGAAAGACAGAUAGCUACACUCUCGCUUUUAUAAAAACUCCUUGCUUCUAAAAUAUUUAAUUUACUGUAAUUUCAGAAAUCAUGGUUUAUUAUGGUUGUCAGAUAAAGAAGGUGCUGAACGACGAGCCAAGCUACUACAACAACAUAAUGCUCCACAUCAAGUGUUGGACUCAAAAGAACUGAAAGAACGUUACUCACACUUUGAUUACAACGAUAACUGGUGGAGUGUACUUGACCACACAGCUGGUACUAUCUAUGCUAGGAAAUGUGUUGAGGCUCUAACGGUAGGCAUUUUACUUUAUAUUGAGUUUCAUAUUGUUAUAGACGAAAUCAGAGUUUCUAAGGCUUUCGUAAACUGCUUUAUGGCUGAUUCAACUUUUAAAUUGAGGUUGAUAUCUUAAAUUUCAAAAUGAAGACUUAUCUAAAGACAUACUUAUCAAUUUUGAGAAGUUUGAACAAGAUUAUAUUAAUGUUUCUACAUUUUUAGAACUACAUAACCUCUCACGGAGUAACGAUCAAGUACAAUCAGAAAGUGACCAAGUGGACUAGCCAAACCAAUCAAGUUACAGUAUCUACGACAACAGACACUUUUACCGCCAAAUCUUUAGUUUUUGCUACUGGAGCAUGGUUAUCAACAGUAGUACCAAAUCUGGCAGUAAAAGUAACACCAGGCCUAGUUGGAGUCUUCUUCUGGGACAUUGAGAAAGAGGGUCAAGGUUUAUAUAAUCCUCAGAACAAAGCUCCCAACCUGAUUAUCAGUGAUUUUGAAGAAGAAAAGGAAUUGUUUAUGAUUCCAGAAGCUGAUUACAAGAAUAAGGUAAAGUUUGGGCUUCAUUUAGCUGAAGAGUUUGAUAUUUUAAAAAAGGAACGACCUGUUCAUUUGUUGGAGAAGUGUAAGAAGGCUGCUGCUGAACAUAUCAAGAAGCAUUUCAAGCACAUUAAGACAACUCCGAGUAUCGAAACUACUUGUUUGUAUGCAGUAAGUUUAGUCUACAUUCAUAUCAAGAUGCAGUCGGCUUGACUCUUGAUCUAGCUGGUACCAGAUUCUAGCCUUUCUUACAGUAGCGUUAUCUUAAAAACGUUGUACUAGAUGUUAUACUACUUAUUCAAUACAUAUAACCUUUUACAGAACACUGAUGACCGUAGCUACCUAAUUGAUUACCAUCCUCAACAUCGUAACGUUGUGUUGGCUGGUGGAUUUUCAGGAAGUGGCUUUAAGUUUGGACCUGUAGUCGGGGAAAUUGUGUCAGAUCUAGUUGAGAACAAGAGAACCAGGUUCAACAUCACUAGUUUCAACGUUAAUCGUGUCAUUGAUUAUAGCAAGGCUAAAUUGUAA